AUGCAUUUCUUAAACAUUGUCAGCGAUGAAAUAUGUGCAGCCGGUCUAGAUGGAAUUCCAAUAACCCACUUGUGGAAAGUUUUGGAAGAGCCUUUAGUUCACUUUCCCUUGAGAAUUGACGCUGAUACUAAGGAAUUUUUAUGGGACAAAAUCAGACGCUUUAAGAACUUCGACUUUUACGUUCGGACCAAGGAACCUCCUCCCUACAUAUUCUUUGACAGAUUUGAAAGUCUUGGAGAGAACUUAUGUGAUGAUUCUCCUCCUACAAUUGAGAAAAAGCUGUAUCCCGUGGAUGGGGGGGACGUGUAUGGUUCAUGUGCGGAUUAUAAAACACGUCAGUGUGUCAAUUCUGAGCUUUUAACGGAGGAUAUUACGUAUGAUAUGGCUCUUAAGCGAUGGGGCGAUCGGCUAGUGGUUGUUGCCUCACAGUCACUUCGCACCCUGUUUCUCACUGGAUCCGAGACUCUGCACUCUUCCAUUAACGCAAAACUGUAUCGAAUUUUGGAGCUAGUUGCAAAAUCAAGAUACAACGGCAUUCCCAUUUCCGGACAUGACGGUAUACUGUCCUACGGUGAAUCCUCCUCGACCGUCUUUUAUAUUCGCAAGCUAUUUAGUGCUGAUGGCCUAAUCAAGUCUCAAAGAUUUUCCAUGGGGCGACGCUCUUUUAUGCGAAUCGUCAAGUUCGGUGUGCAACAGGGCUGUCUCAAGGUCAUUCAUGUGCCCUUUGGGACCGCAUGUGCUCUAAUCAACAGUUCCGAUGGUGACUCCGGGGAGGUGUGUGCGGAAAUGCUUCGAAAAGAGGCUGCUGAGCUGAGCAUCCUUGACUCCUCUCACUCACCCUCAUCCCUGCCUGAACCCACUGGCCGACGCUAUGUGCGAGAAGCGGCGGUCAUAUACCUGCAGCAUCCAUUUGACAUUGAAAAGUAUAUGAUUGAGGCUCAUGUUAAUCGAGGCAGUCGGCCGGAUUCUGUCGCACCUUUACCCGAGGAAACCCAAACCGACAACACUCUUGUGCUGGAUGAACCCCUUUUUGGAGAUGAGGGGGGAUUAGUUACGGGAGAGGAAAGCGACGUAUUUGACUGUGCCCCCUAUUAUGCGCCUCGGAUUAAUGGUGAGGAGUCAUUUUGUGUGCAGAUUUGUCGAUUUUUGUGCGAAUCGGAGGAGAAGUCUAACUCCCAACUGGCUGUGCACUUCAAUACCUCGCAUAAACUCGUCUCCAGAUAUGCGGAUGCUCUUGCUGGCAUUGGAAAACUGGUCACCUCUAAGGUUUCAAUAGGGACCACUCGCCGAUACAUAACCGAAAAGGAGUCAAUGGAAUUACUGCAGGCACAGAGAGACAACCAACGUCAGCAACGGAAGCUCUUCAUUUUGGAAAGCCUGGAGGCUCGCAAGGUCUUUCCCUCCCUCCUCGACCUGCGCGCACGCAUCUGGGCGCACGAGGAAGCGAAGGGCCUCAAGGGCCGGAUGGAUCGUAAGUCCCUCGGUCGCAUCAUCGACGAUUUGGUGCAGGAAAGGAGGAUCAAGUUCAUUGAUAUGGAAAUUAUCGGCCGACGCCACGAUGGAGCACCGCGAAAGGUUGAUCUCAAACUUGUUUGCCACCCAAGCGUCGAGACCGACUCGCCCGAAUUGAUAGAUUGCUUGAUGGCGGAGAAGAAGCGCUACAUGCUGGCGCCGCGCUCCUACGGUGCUCUUCGACCUGAGGAGGCCCUUGCCACUGUCGACGACGAUGAAAAUCAGGAAACCCCCUCCGUUGCCACCACCGCCAACAUCUCUCUCGAUCUGGCACUCACCAAAAGGGAUCUGGAGCUCAUCCGCCUACCAGACCGAAACGUCUCAAAACUGCGGAGACGAUGCCUUUUACACAGGUUUAUUUUUUACCUCCUUAACGAUCUGCCGGCUAACGCACAGGCGAUUCCCACUUCGCCUGAACCUUGGGCUCGAGUUUACAGUGUGGAAUCUGUCAUGUAUCGCUAUGUGCCACCUGUUCCUCGAAAUACCGCCGUGCCGGGUUGGAUAACUUUCCACGACGUGAUUCAAGCCAUGCCACUAGGCCUCUUUCUGGCUCUAGCAGCACCUAUCACCGCACCCCGUCUCCUUCUCCAAUGGCUCUCCGUCUUGAAGGAUGGGGAAUCUAAUCUGCGAGCUGUGAUCAAGAGACUGAUCAGUCGGCAGGUUGAACAAGCUGAAGGAUUCUCGCCUUACCGGGGGAAGGCUUCCGUUACACCGGAUGCUUUACGACGAUUUGAGCUGCUGCGUACGCCCAUGAGGACUUGUCCAGUGCCUGGGGGAUACAGUGGGGGUCUUUAUACCUGGCUCAUGAGCCGCUACAACGUAACGAGAAUAUAUGCAGUGGUGGAACAGCUUUCUGGACACGGGCUAGUCACUCUCAAUGGACAGUCUACACAGGGCCACUUGCCUAUGGCUAAUAUUUACCUACAUCACCGAGCGGCCCUCCUGGACACCCGUUUCGCCUCUCCUGCACAUCAUAUCCUCUCCGAUAUCUCGGCUUGUCCACCUCCCCUCACCUACGAGUUUCGGACAAUGGCUGAUGUGGACGGCUACUGGUUGAAUCUCCGGGCCAUCCUCCUCUUCACUCCCUACGGCUUCACUCGCUUUGCCGACCCCAGCAUCACCCAGUUCAUGGACACCAGAGCUCCCAUACUCUCCGUCUCUCGUUUGCGUGAUGUCCUGCCCACCGACGAGAACACCACCGAACCACCCAGCUUGCCCACUCUCAUCCCCACCACUCUCAAAAUGCCAGCGAUGGUGACGAACUCCUCUGCCGUCACCGCGGUUCUCCGUGCCGUCGACAUGGACGAAUCGAAGCCAACGCAGUUUAUCCUCCGUGGAGUGGGUGGCCUUCACGCCUCGCUGUACCUCUUCAAGGCUCCUUUUGAAGAGAUAGGCUAUGGAACGACGGAUCAAGGUCAGUGCACCCAGUACACACCCCAAUAUCCCUCACCCAACCUCCAGUUGCAACCAGUGAUGCGAGGUCCUGAGUUGAAGGCCAUUUUGGGGGCGUUUGAGCCGGGGAUACGGACCGUGGGGGAUGGAGCUUUUUGGCCCUGGACGGUGCAAAUGUUUUUCGAUGUAAAGCCAGUAAUAGAGCUCCAGCCACCGCCUCUAUUGCCGGCCUGGCUCUUCUCCACACGCGCGCGUCGAUUCCCCUUCCACAUCGACCAGACGGGUAGUAGGCCGGGCCCCGGCUCGAAGGAUCGACACCACGGGAAGGCACCACGUCGUCGGCACAGGAAACGACGUCGAGUGACUCGAAGCACCUCCAAGUCUUCCUCCCCUUCGGCCACUUCCUCUUCUGAUCACAGUGCUACAUCCAGAUCAUCUACCUCCUCUUCCUCCUCCUUCGAGGACAAUUUGCAGAGUUCGCCUUUUGAGGAACUCCAGCCGAUCACUCGGUCGAGGAAACGACGUUUGCAGAAGAAAACCACCAUACCACACAUCCAUCGUAGUGCUUUCAGUCGACGUAUAAUCUCGAGCGACAAGCGAGCGCUGGAUGAGCGAGACGUAGAGAUACGAAACAGUCUGCAUGCUAAGCGUGCAAGUUGGAAUAAACUGGAGGAUCAAGUGCUGCUCACUUGUCGUGUGGCGUCACUCUUUUUGGUUGGUCACACAAGGGAGUAUGUCUGUAUUCCCUACGUCAUUGUUCGCGACAUUCUCCACGAAUACUUCCCUCUGGAGAGCCACGAUAAGACGAGCUUGGCAUGCGCUCGGCGCCUAAAAUUCCUCCUUAUGCUGCGCAACGAUGAGCGCACGCGGACAGACAUUCUGCUCACCAAAGUCUCCAGUGAUCCUGAACUUCUGACCAAGUACAACAUCGGAAAGACGGCUUGGAUACACCUCUACAACCGUGAUGCAAGGCAAGCGCAUCAGUUGUUCAAGGAUCUAGUGCGUCUCAUUAUAAGGAAUUUUGUUCCCGACCUAUGCAACCGAUGUGCUCACGUUGUCAACAAAUCUCUUGUGAUACCGACAGCGGGAGUAGCUGAAAGCGAGGACGCGGAAGCACGAACAUCCCUGCGUCUCUCCUCUGUCCGCAAGUUGCUUCUGCAUCCGCGGGAGGCUCUUCGCGCUCGCUAUGACUUUAUUCUUCUUGCCUCUAUACACAACGAUCAAGGUCUCCCAGAUAUUGGGCAAAGCAGACCUGCCAUUGUGGUGGAGACUUUGAGAAACCUUUUUCUUGGCUCCAUCCGCUUCCGACCCGAAGCGCAACGGCCUCAUGACUCGGUGCUCUUCAACCGCAUCCUCAAACAGUAUCCCUACGAGCAGAUGAGCGGGGCGGUGAAGUGCCUUGCCUCCACCGAUUCGCUCCGCAAGCACAAGAGCUCUGAAGACUGCGAUCUCAACAUCGCUGGCCAGUUUCGUGUCAAGACCACUUUGCGGCUCUCUUCUUGGUGUAAUGUACAGAUGUUUAUCUACAUUCGCUUCUUCAUGGAGGCGUGGAAGUUGUACAAGCAGUUCUCUGAGGCGGCGAGGCGUCUUCGCGGGCGUCAGCGACGUCAGAAGGUGAAGCAGUUGGAAGCGCCACCAUCAUCGCCGCAGCAACCACUACUGAGUGAAUGGCUGGUGGCGAAACACGAAUUCUCGGAACCCACAUCGGGUGGACUAGUGGCAACUUUUGUUGAACUGCUCUACAGCAAAUCACAAGUUAAGCUGCGAGUGAGAUUCGAUAUGAGCUGCAUCAGCAUUCUGCGGAAGCCCUGCAUGUCACUUGAGGAUCGCAAAAGGCACUUACAAAGUGGCAGCGAAGAGGAGCGCAAGUCCCUUGCUCCCAAGCUGGUGCGCAAGGGCACUCCACCGCACUUUGGCGAAUCGACGCAUAUCGGCAUGACAGUGGCUCUACUAGAGGGUGUGGAUGGCUCCAAUGCCGCAUCAACCAUCACCGAUUCCCUGAUGGAUAUCCUUCUGGAGGGUGUUGGUGGGGUGGGUGAACGGACGGUAAAGGGUAAGACUCCACGCAUCGAUAUUCGUCUUUCGCUCAACGGGGGAUCAGUCGAAGCAGUGGCGCCGUCCACACAGACUCAUAUCACUGUGGUUGAUGGGGAGCCAGAACACAAGAAGAUAUGUCGUCGUGCUCUGGCGAAGUUUACAGCACCGUUAAACUGGGAUGCGGCCUCCGCAAGGAAGAUAACUAGUGAAUCAUUUACCUCCAAAUCUACUGAUAAUGCUCCUGCCACCGCUGAUGAUAGGUCUAGUCGGGUGCUGGAAUUCAUCUUUGUCGCGGGGGAUCUUGGCAGAACAUUUGAUCAAAUGCAGGAUAGAUUCUCGGACUCUAAGGCGACGAGUCAUGUUUUGCACCGACUUAUGGAUGAGCAGAAGAUAUUCAUGCUGGGUCUGGCGGAGCCGCGCUACGUCCACUGGGCUCAUUUGCGUCUCUGGUUGGUGCACGUGAAGGACCCCAAGAGUCACCACCAGCAAAGUUGUAACCAACAGCAACAGCAGCAAGAUCGCAACAGUUCGGAUUCAAAGAUUAUGACACCAUCAAAAGGGGAAGAGGAGGGACCGAGGCGGAGACGCCUUACCUUAGCUGUCAAUUCUGUCUCUCUGGAGGCUCUUGAGCGGUCGUCGGAGUCUCCGUUGCCCAUUAUUUCCAACAGUUGCACCGACGCUGCUACUGAAAAAGCUCCUUUGGACCAGACUACAUCCGAGCGCACGGAUUACUUCUUCAUCCCCCAGCCAUGGAUCUGCGAAUCCGGCAGCAUAAAACCGUGCUUCUUCAUCCACCUCCUCCUCUCCAUCUGUUCCAUGAUCUCGCGGUUCUCAGGUGCCCCUAUGGAUGUCCUUGCUACUCAGUACCGUCACAUCCUAUCUCCAGUCUCAUUUCGACUCCUUUGCCAUCUCUUGCACGACACCAAAGUGAUUCGGGUCACUCGUGUGGUAUACAGCAAAAGGUGUACCAUCUUCUCGAAACCAGAACCUGUGAUAUGCCUUGGUGAUCAUCUACUGCUGGCCCCCUCAGCAGAGCUGAGUGUGGCUCUGGAGGCGCACUUUGUCUCACGCAUGAACACCCUCGUUACAUGCGCUGCCGAACUCUUCGGCCUGCCGACACCGGACUCCGCGGAGCUUGCGGCCGCACCUUACGUCCAAUUCGCCCGCUGUCGACUUCCUCGCGAUGCUACCGUCCUUCGGCCACAGGACUCUGGCCCUGCCACUAAUUUAACUUCGUAG